AUGAGUGGGUGGCGUAUACGACCACAAAUGGAUGAAAUCAAUUUGGAAGCAAGUUAUGGUGGGAAUCCAACUGUUUUUAGUAUACGCUUGCACUAUGGAGGAGAGUUUACCAAAUUUUAUGAGAUAAAAUACAUUAAGGGACAACACAAAUUUGUGGACUUGAUCGAUAGUAAUUUGUUCUCUGCUCACGACAUUGAUGAUAUGAUGGAGGAGUUGGCUUGCGUUGAAGAAGAAGGUUGUGUCCUGAAUGGAUUGACACAACCACAGUUGAACCCGCCUGUUUUAGAACCAAGCAUGCAAACCCCUACAAUGAAACCUAACAUGGAAUCCCUUAGUCAUAUUGAUGUUGCACAUGUUUCACCCCCUAGAAUGGAAUCCCCUAUUGAAGUUGAAUUUGUGAAAGAACCAAACAUGGAACCCCCUAUUAUGGAACCCUUUAGUGAAGCCCUAGGUGGAUCUAGUGAUAAUGAGGGCAGCAGAGAUUCAAGUGAUAGUGAUGAUAGUGAUUUCAUUGUGGAUGAGGAUAACUUAUUGGAUGAUACUGAGGUGGACAUACAUGAUUUCUGCCUCAACAUUGAUGAUAACUUGGAGUGGGUUGGUGAUCCCCCUAUUACAACAGAGAAUGUAGAAAUGUCUGAUGAGGAGAUGGAGGUGAUCAACACUGAUGUUCUGUAA